AUGUCUGAUAUAGCUCAGAUUUUUGACCCCUUGGGACUCUUGGGCCCAUGUAUCAUUUUAGGAAAAAUUCUUCUUCAAUCACUUUGGUCCUUAAAGCUUGACUGGGAUGAGUCUCUUCCAGCUACAAUAGACAAUCAAUGGCGGCAAUUACGGCAAGAGCUACCAGUACUUAACAUUUUAAAAAUACCCAGAUUUGUUUCAAAUACGUCAAUCGUUAAGUUGGAGUUACACGGAUUUGCCGAUGCCUCUUUACAAGCAUAUGGCGCAUGUCUAUACAUUCGUAGUCUAUCUUCCAGCGGAGAGAUUCAGGUAAGGCUUUUGACAGCUAAAAGCAGGGUUAGUCCUCUAAAAUCGUUAACAAUUCCAAGAUUAGAACUGUGCGGUGCUCUCUUGUUAGCUCAGCUAGUUGAUCGAGUGAAAAAUUCAAUGACUUUUACUUUUGAUGAUAUAUUUCUUUGGUGCGAUUCCACUGUCUCUCUUGCCUGGAUUCGUACUUCUCCAAGUACUUUGCAAGUCUUUGUUCAAAACAGAGUCGCUCAAAUACAAAGGUUAAUACAACCUAACCAAUGGCAUCAUGUUCGAACCGCCGACAAUCCUGCAGACUUUCUUUCCCGAGGUAUUUUGCCUAGCGCUCUUUUGGAUUGUACUGUGUGGUGGAAUGGCCUACAAUGGCUUAGCCAACCUAAAGAUCAAUGGCCCUAUUCUGCAGCUACUUUUGAAGGAGAACUCCCAGAAGCAAAGGAUUUAUCUGAUACUCCUAGAUACCUUAUUACGAUUUCUCAAAAGGAUGAUUUUGCAAAAGAAAUUCAAACGUUAGAAAGGAGUCAUGCGUUGCCAAGGCAUUCUAAGCUUCUUUCUCUAAAUCCUUUUCUAGACGAUGAGGGUAUUUUACGUGUUGGUGGACGUCUUAGUCAAUCAAAUUUUAGUUUUGAUGUCAAACAUCCAAUCCUUCUUUCAUCCAAGCACCAUCUUACAAAAUUGCUUUUUAGACACGAGCAUCUAAGAUUAUUCCAUGCUGGACAACAACAACUGCUUUAUUCAAUUCGUCAACGUUAUUGGCCACUGGCUGGUCGCAAUUUAGCUAAACAAACUGUUCAUUCCUGCAUAAAAUGCUACCGCUGCAAACCACUGCAACCUUCUCCAAUCAUGGGUAAUCUUCCAAAAGCGCGUGUUACUCCUGCUCCACCCUUUUAUAAUACUGGCAUAGACUACCCAGGUCCAGUAUAUUUGAGUUCAAAAAAGGGAAGAGGAGCCUAG